AUUCAGGAUCUCCAAAAGAUCCCCAGUGCUCGCCAUCUACUCGCCAUCCAACCUCAAACGGUGACAGCACAUCUAUUGGUCGGUGUGAUAACAGUCGAGAUGAGGAUCGUCCAGUUGCGGAAACGUCCAGUUCAGAUGGAGUUGGUGGAGCUUCUAGUCGGCGACGACACAGCAGCUCCGUUCAAAAUCACAUUCUGGCUACAGCCGACCAACGACGUUGGUAGCGGUGCAGGACACAAAAUAGUUCCCGACGCUCGGAGUGCUCAAAGAGCCAUACUGGCUGCCAUACGAUCAGGCAACAUCAUACUCAUCACUAAUGUCGCACUGAGCGUGUUCAAGAACGUAGCCUAUGGCCAGAGCUUGACUCGCCGCCCUGUGGGCUGCACCACGGAUGUCAUGAACAUCUCGCGAAGUGGUAUGACUUCAGCUUCGGCAUCUGUUCAGGCAAAGUUCGAGCGCGUGCGCAGGUGGGUUACACAUUUUGUG